UAUAAUGGAGGGUGCUAGUUUAAUAGUGUGCUACCACUCUCACCUAACCCAAGUUUAAUUAAUUUGGAGAUCAAACAAUAAGAAAAAUGACUAGUCGCCACUUCCUCCUUGCUGUUGCUUUCACUUUCUUUCUUUCAUCUAUUUCUGCAGAUUCAUCUGAAGACUGUGUGUAUACUCUGUAUGUUCGAACUGGAUCAAUCAUAAAAGGUGGAACUGACUCCAAAAUCAGCGUUACACUCGGCGAUGUUACUGGAAAAUCAGUAUGGAUUCCAGAUCUUGAGAAGUGGGGUUUAAUGGGCCCGUAUUAUGAUUACUAUGAAAGAGGUAAUGUGGACAUCUUCACUGGUAGAGGCCAAUGUCUUAGUCCACCAAUUUGCAGGCUUAAUGUUACUUCUGAUGGUUCUGGAGACCAUCAUGGAUGGUUCUUGGAUUUCGUUGAGACCACUUUUACUGGGCCUCACAAGCAAUGUAGUCAGAGCAUAUUCUAUGUGGGACAAUGGUUGGCUACUGAUGCCCCUCCUUAUGAGUUAUCAGUUUCACUUGAUGGCUGUAAAAAGAAGACAGGACUUGUUGAACAUGCUAGGCGUUUUGUUGUGAGCAAGCCUACUAGGUCUGCUUCAGAAUAAAUUGGGCUGUUGAGAUUCAUCAUUGAAGUUUGGUUAAUUGAGAACUAUUGCGUCUCUUGCAGUUUUAUUGAUACAUGUUUUUGAAUGUGUCCACCAGUUAUAAUGCCACGUUUUCCUCCUCGGUUGAAAUAAAUUUCUUGUUUGGGCCUUUA